AAUCGUUAAACCUCAAUUUUGCAAACACAAUGGACGCCAGUCUCCUCCCAAUCAAUGACCAAAUCGCUCGAUUUCGUCAAGCAAUAGAAUGCAACAAAACACUCAUGACCGUUUUAUCGCGUGCGGCUGAAAUGAAACUACCCAAUUGGUACCUCGCCGCUGGUGCACUCACGCAAACCGUCUGGAACGUCGUCACAGACCGUGACCCAGAACUUGGCAUUGACGACUACGAUUUGAUCUAUUUUGAUGACUCAGAUCUAUCAUGGGAGGCUGAAGACGCUGUUAUCCAGGCUGGAAAGAAGAUCUUUGCGGAUAUUCCUACUGAAGUUGAGAUCCGCAAUCAAGCACGCGUGCAUCUUUGGUAUGAGAAGAAGUUUGGCAAGCCGUGCCCCCAACAUCAUUCUAGUGAAGCAUCUAUGUCUACUUGGGGUACCAACACCGCGCUUAUUGGCGUUCGACUAAAAGAUGAUGGAGAAUGGGAUAUCUUUGCGCCAUGGGGAUUCUCGGAUAUGUUCAGACUCACGGUGCGCCCAAACCAAUUGAUCAUGACUGAGGAGACAUACCACAAGAAAGUUCAGCGUUGGAUAAAGUUAUGGCCCGAGUUGACUAUCAUGCCAUGGAAAUAAUGUAUGUUAUAAUCUCAGUCUAGACAAACUUUUGCUGUAGAGCUAUUAGACAAUGAUGGAACUGGAGCAGUUAUUAUUAGGCCCCAUGCGCACUAAAUCUAUUUAAAUUUCCUUCUUGGGUCCAACGUAAACCUUGUUAGCACGAAGGAAG